AUGUCUAAUGCAUCUAAACAACCCUUCACAAUUUCAUCGAUAAAAACACGUCGACUGGAUGUUGAUUUAUUGCCGGUGAUAGAGGAGGAGGAAUCCGAAAUUUCGAUGUCAUUUGAGCAAUCAGUACCGGGACAGAGCUUAGUAGGGAAUGCGGAGGGUCUGACUAUUGAAGAAUUGCCCAGCGUACCGGAGAAUCAAGAGAGGUCUAUUGUGCUUUACAAUGCCACGAACAUGCCUCUCCUGCAGCCCCCUUCAAAUUUCUCGAUUUCGGUGAAUCCGGACCUGAUUUCAGGGUUGAAAAUUGCUCACCUCACUCUGCUUCUCAAUGCACAUAUUUCGCAGGCAUCUGAAAAUCUUGGUAUGGCCAUGGUUUACACAUUGAUCACAUCGGCUAAGGAUUGGCUCUCUGAAAAAUUUGCUCAGGAUGAUGGCACUGAGAAUGCUGAAGAAGAUUCAGCAGUGAAAGAUGAUGUAUGGUUAUGUGUCAUGCUUUAA